AUGAGUAAAAGAAAAGAACAUCAAGUUUCUUUGAACUCACUUGGCUCUUUGGAUGAGAAUUUACAUUUUGGUCCAUUUUCAAGCAAUUGGUGGGAAGCUCAACAAACAAAUAAUGUAUCUGAUACUGACACCAAUAUUUCUAAUUUAUAUCCAAUUUGUGUAAAAAUGAAAACAACAACCAUUCUUCAAGAUACAGAAUUUACUUUUACUAUUGUUCAAGCUGCAAUAACCACACUUUAUCAAGAACUUUUUGGCAGCAAGAAUAAGUUUUCUGGACCUCUUAUUAUGGGCCACAACAAAUUGGAAAUUAAUGAACAGCUUUUGAAAAAUAUUCAUUUUUGUCCUUUUAAUUGUAAAUUAGAAAAAUUCCAGUUAUUUGUAUAUGGAAUUGGUAUAUCUUCUGAUAAAAAAUUGCAUAAUGCAGGCCCAGUAUAA